CCGGUCAGACCACGGACAGGGAGCUCUCAGAAAGUCCACCCAACAGCAAUGUCGUCUGUUUUAAACUUGCAGGUCACCGAGGAUUAGUAUAGGCCUACAGGAGCCGGAGUUUGUGAAUAGAUCCUCUCGCGUUGGACGUCUCUGGACGGAUUGGGUCAUCUAGUGACCAAUGGACGGUUGGACUUGCGUGUUUUUGGCGCAAGCUGUCCGUCAUACCCGGUGUAUGUAUGGUCUUUGUUCCAGAUAACGGGGAUGAUGGGAGGAAGCUUCAGACCAAGUGUUGAUCUUGUUGGACAUCAGUCAAGGAGACCAUCAGAGUAAAGGAGCAAGUCGACUCAUAAUCCGACCUCCUUCCAGUCUUACCUACAUUACUCAUUACUCAUCUAGAGAAUACAGUUGAACAACGAAAGAAAAACAAAGCAGAAGAAGUGGAAAAGGACAAGAGGCUACCGUUGGAACAAUGGGUGUGUUAUUACGUUAGACCGAACCCACAGACAUUAACCUAACGGGGAUUGUGAGGAGGACAGAGAACAUUGUGAUUGGAUCUCCAGAUGGCCAUGUUACCGGUGGUCCUCACCGUGUACCUCAGCAACGGCCAGCAGAUGCUCACCGAGGCCCCGGUCACCCCAGCCACCACGGUGAUGGAUGUGGUUGAGUACUGCCAAGAGGCCGGGGAGGGGGACUGCCACCUGGCCGAGGUGUGGAGCGGUCAUGAGAGAGUUCUGCCCCAUGACCUGCUGCUGCUGGACCUCCUACAUCAGUGGGGCUCCAGCAGGUCAGAGGUCAGCUUCUACCUGAGGCACCACCCCUCCCGGAACCAAGGCAGCAGUCCACAUCCAUUACAGAACAACAAAACCAUCAGAGAAACAGAGAUAGCGGACGACAGCAUGGUAAGACCACAGACAAACACUCACACCCAAUACAAAGACACCUAACCCUAACUCACAUACGCACACAAAUCCAUAAUUGUUUGUGUCAUCUAAAGCUGCAUGUCUCAAAACAUCUCUCUUAUCAGCUGAACACUAAUACUUUUGCUAUACACAUUCAGUGUCUAGUGUGUUUUAUAUUCUAUGUCAUCUUCCUAGUGUGUCCCAACGUUAUGUGAGGUAAGGUAGAGGUAUAUACAAUACAUUAUUAAAUACAAGGAAUCUAAGUUACGAUACAGUGCACACGAUGAAAAUACAUUAAUAGAAUACAAAAUACAACAACACUCCAAGGAAGAUUAGUGUCAGGAAACGGUGUAUAUUAUUUUAGAGCAUUGGAAAUACGUGCAAUAAUAAAUAGAUAGAAGGGGAGGGUUGUGGUGCAGUGUCGCAUGGUUUCAGGAAUGUUUGGUUAUGACAGAUAUGAAUGAUAUGGUUAUGUUUCGCCGCGAAUGACCGACAACAAAAACAAGAGUUUAGUCACUCCAAGGCCCAAUGACCCUAUAUUGGCGUCACUCAAUUCUAAUAGAUUCCAUCAACACAUUCAACGCAGCAAACACGUACGCUCACAUGCACGCACAUGAACACACACACAAACACAUGCAAGGUGACACAUUCGCUGAAAGCUGCAUGUAUUGGUCAGUAAACAUUUGCCUACCUCAAGAUCUCAUGUCUUUAUAUUUGUGUCCAUUUACCUAAUGCUGUUAUGAUCUGUGAUGUUAUUGUACUGCAAUAAAGGUUGACUGAUGUCACCAUGGCUCUUAAGUGAGUCAUAGAGGUUUUCAGUGAAUGGGAGUGAGCAAGGUCUAGACAGGGCCUUUGUGUGAAUAAGACCUCCAUUGACUUCCAUUGCGAGUGUUUAGGUGUGUGGUUG